UUCUCCCGCGGCUUUCCGGCUCAUCUCGGGCUCCGUACUGCCGUCUGCGCAUGCGGGUGCGAUCUGAAGAUGGACGUGAAUCAACCGAAACUGGAGCACCUGCUGGCCCUGAAAGUGAUGAGGCUAACAAAACCAACUUUAUUUACAAACCUGCCAGUGACCUGUGAAGACCGAGACCUUCCAGGAGACCUUUUCAGUCAACUUAUGAAGGAUGAUCCCUCUACAGUAAAGGGAGCAGAGAUUUUUAUGUUAGGAGAAAUGUUGACUCUCCCUCAGAAUUUUGGAAAUAUCUUUUUAGGAGAAACUUUCUCAAGUUACAUCAGUGUACAUAAUGACAGCACACAAGUUGUUAAGGAUAUACUAGUUAAGGCUGACUUGCAGACCAGCUCCCAGCGUUUGAAUCUGUCAGCUUCUAAUGCUGCUGUGGCUGAUCUUAAACCUGACAGUUGCAUUGAUGACGUGAUUCACCAUGAAGUUAAAGAAAUUGGAACACACAUUUUAGUCUGUGCAGUCAGCUACACAACACAGGCUGGAGAGAAGUUGUAUUUUAGGAAGUUCUUCAAAUUUCAGGUCCUUAAACCACUUGAUGUGAAGACUAAGUUCUACAAUGCUGAAAGUGACCUCAGUUCUGUGACAGAUGAAGUCUUUCUGGAAGCUCAGAUUCAGAAUAUCACAACCUCCCCGAUGUUUAUGGAAAAGGUUUCUUUAGAGCCAUCCAUGAUGUACAAUGUCACAGAACUGAACACCAUUGAUACAGGCGGAGAGGGGUUCUCUACAUUUGGAAAAAUGACCUAUUUGCAGCCUAUGGACACACGUCAAUAUCUGUAUUGCCUUAAACCUAAACCUGAAUUUGCAGAGAGAGCUGGAGUCAUCAAGGGGGUUACAGUAAUUGGUAAAUUGGAUAUAGUCUGGAAAACAAAUUUGGGUGAAAGAGGACGACUGCAGACAAGUCAGUUGCAAAGAAUGGCUCCUGGAUAUGGUGAUGUAAGACUUUCCUUGGAGAUGAUCCCUGAUACUGUAAACCUUGAAGAACCUUUUGAAGUCAUGUGUAAAAUAACUAAUUGCAGCAGUGAGAGGACAAUGGAUCUGGUGCUGGAGAUGUGCAAUACAAAUGCAAUCCACUGGUGUGGCAUUUCAGGGAGACAGCUUGGAAAAUUGAGUCCAAAUUCAUCAUUACAUCUUGCACUGAAACUGCUUGCCUCUGUGCAAGGUUUACAGAGUAUUUCGGGAUUACGACUGACUGAUACAUUUUUAAAACGAACAUAUGAGUAUGAUGAUAUUGCACAAGUAUGUGUGGUUUUUUCGCACUUGAAGCCAGAAAGCUGAAACAUCUUGUGAUACUGUUCCCUUCGUGGAUCUCAGUGGACCAAUUGUUUGUGUUUUAAGGAUAUUUGCCUUUUUCAUUAUUGAAAGACACCAUGGAAAACCAAACAUGAAAGAUUUUAUUAUUUUAAAAAAUGUGCUAUUACCAUCUGAUAUUACCAAACUGGUUUUUAUCUUUGUGUAAAUGUAAUAAAGCUUUAAAUAUACUUACCAAAAAUGAGCUAAAGGGCACAUACCUGCUUUUUUGAAAGAAAGAAAACUUGCGUUUCAAUGCUACAUUACUUUUACAGUUAAUAUCCAGUGUGGACAUUUUGUUCCGACAAUAAAACUUUCUGGGAAUCAUUGAUCCGCUUGCAGUUGUGACCCUAAUACUAAUUUAAAUAAAAAAUACUAUUGUAGCUGCUUUGGUAAACUGGAUAAUAUCUGUGGAAUUGAAAGGAAAAUGUAUAAUCUGAUGGGAUUUGAGGUCAUGGGAUUUCUUUCAUUGUGAAUAAAGAGAUGACAGGAGGAGACUAAUUUCCCUCCCCAAAUGUAUACUUUGUCUAUGAUACUUAUUGAAAUAGCUAACCAAGCUUUAUACUUGGGACUCUGUGAGUAAUCGCUACUUGAAAAGGGACCCUAAAAAUGACCUGUGAAGAAGCCGGGACGUAUACAAUUAACUGAAAUAAAUCUCAUUGUGGUAACCUUGGUCAAAAUGUUUGGGAAAAACUCAACUGAAAGGAAGUGGAGCUUUUUAGCAUUGUGAUGAACUUGGUCCACCAGAGUUAAUGGUGCAGAGAGCUUUUUAAUUUCACCUGAAAAGAUUUCCCAGAUAUUAUAUUUACUUCUGAAGUUUUAAAUCAUGAUUACCACAUAAAGAGCAGGUAAUUGGUUUCAUUAUUUGUCAUUUUUGUAAAGAAAAUGUUUUUUUUUUAAAAAAACAUUCUGUUCCUGAGCCUCUUAGCAUAACUCAGUCUCAGCCUUUGAACUAUUCAAUGCACUUUUGUUGACUGAAGUCCCUCAUUCUUGGUACCAUCCUGGUAAAUCUCUUUUGCACCCAAUCCAAGGCAUUGACAUCCUUCCUAAAGUGUGGUGUCCAGAACUGAACACAGUACUCUAGCUGAGGCCUAAGCAGUAUUUUAUGAAGAUUCAUCAAAACCUCCUUUUGUAUUUUGUGCCCCUAUUUAUAAAGCCGAGUAUCCUGUAUGCUUUUUUAACAGUUUUAUCCACCUAUCCUGCCACCUUCAAAGAUGAACCCCCAGGUCUCUCUGUUCCUUCACACCCUUUAAGAUUGUACCAUCAGCUUAUAUUGCCUUUCUUCAUUCUUCCUACCAAAAUGCAUCACUUCUCAUUUCUCCAUAAUAAAUUUAAUCAGUUACGUGUUUGCCCAUUUCACCAGUCUGUAUGUCCUCUUGCAGUCUGCGACUAUCUUCCUCACCGUUUGCUACUUUUCCUAGCUUUGUAUCAUCUGCAAACUUGGAAAUUGUACUCCCUAUACCCAGUCCAGGUCAUUUAUAUAGAUCAAAAAUAGCAGUGGGGGACACCACUAUAUACUUUCCUGAACGAUUGAAAGCACUGUGAAUUGAGACUUGGCUGGACUGCCAUCUCUGGUGGUGAAAAAAAACUGAAAUGGGACUUGCUUAGAUGAUCUCUGUACUGUGUUCAGGGUGGUCAAGCAAUGGCUGCCUAGUGAGGAAUUAAAGGUUUUUAAUAUUUGCA